GCUGGCAAACCAACUCUAAACAACGAGCCGAGCAGUACCGAUGGUGCUUAUCCCCGAUGUGUCAACGAUCCUUAUUGUGCUGCUCGUGCGAUACAAGGCUACAUGGCCAAAUUCGGUCAGGACUGCACUGGAAACGGAGUGAUCGAUUGUGAUGAUUAUCUGCGUAUUCAUCGAUUUGGCGGAUACGGCUGUACCAGUUCGCUAGACAGUAAACUCGAAAAUAAAUACAAAUUGUGUAUACAAACUUACGGACGCUAAUAAUGCAUGCAUAUCAUGUUGGAACAUCACAAUAAUACAUUAAUUAUCAUUAUAUUUAUAUGUUUAUAUAAAUAUUAUUACAUAUGUAUAAUGUAUAUAUAUGU